AUGUCUCUGAGAGCACCUCUCACAUCCGCGUUUUCAUCAUGGACAUAUGUUGUGGUAGUGCUGUUCGCGCAGUGCUUUCUCCACCUCGUCCUGAAAGCUAUCUACAACAUUCACUUCCAUCCGCUUCGAAAAUACCCUGGGCCUUGGUGGCUAGCGGCAAGCCGUAUUCCUCAUACAAUCUCAGUUCUACGCGGAAGAGCAACGAGGGAGUCGAAAUAUCUGCAUGAAAGAUACGGCCAUGUGGUGCGCAUCAACCCUGACACGCUCUCGUUCACUUGCAGCACGGCGUGGGUCGACAUCUACGGCCUUCAGCAGCCGAACGGGCGGGGAAACAUCCCUAAAGACCCUUUGUUUUACCUGGAGUCCCGGAAGGCACCACUCGAUGCGGAGGGUCACCGCCGACUCCGGCGCACCCAAGCCUACGCUUUCUCCGAGAGGGCAGUCUCACAACAAGAAGUCUGUCUUCAACAGUACACGGCAUUCUUCAUUAACAGACUUUUCGAAUCUCGGCACAAUUCACCCAGUGGUAUCAUCGACCUUGCGCAAUGGAUCAAUCUCCUCACAACAGAUAUUGCCGGCGACUUAACUCUAGGUGAGAGCUUUCGCGGGCUCGAAGACGGCAAGAUCCAUCCAUGGCUCCGCAACAUCCAGUGGACCACGAAAGUCUUCGCUUUUAUCCGAGAAUCGAGCCGAUACCCAGGCGUUCUCCGUGCCAUCGGUGCAUGCUGUCCCCGGAACAAGGAGGACAAGCAGGAGUCGUUUAUUGCCAGAGCCGUGGCAAAACGGUUUGACAUGGGAACCGACCGACCCGAUCUUAUGUCGUGCAUCAUCGAGGCUGCCAGCGAAGGACGCGUAUCUCAAAAUGAGAUGGAGGCCGUUGCUGUUACCUUUCUCAUCGCCGGAAGCGAGACCACCGCCACCUUACUCACAGGUUCAAUAUAUCUUCUUUGCAAGCAUCCAUUAGUCAUGCAGCAACUUACCAUCAUCCUACGAACACAGUUCCGCAGUGCCUCGGAAAUGACGCUACUCGCGCUCCAAGCUCAAGAUUACCUCAACGCCGUCCUGCAAGAAAGCCUCCGCCUUUACCCGCCCGCACCAGGUAACCUCUUCCGGCGGACGGCGGCGGAGGGGCACAUCGUGAUGGGGGAGGCGGUCCCGCCUAAUACAAGCCUUACGAUGAAUCUCUGGGCAGCGAACUGUUCCGGGUUGAACUUCUACAGGCCGGACGAUAUGGUUCCUGAGCGAUGGCUCAAGUCCCGGCCUGCCGAGUUUGAAGAUGACGAUAGAGACGUGGUGAAACCCUUUAGCAUGAGGCCCCAUGAUUGCCCUGGGAAGAACCUCGCUUGGGCCGAGAUGCGGCUCGUACUCGCGCAAAUGCUGUGGCACUUUGAUUUUGAGCUCACCCCUGAGAGCGACGGCUGGAUUAAUAGGCAAAAGGUGUUUUUGUUUUGGGAAAAGCCACCCUUGAAAGUGAAGAUUACGGCAGCUGCCCGCGAGCGCCCAGUUUCUUAA